AAAAGUCUGAAAGCCAAUCGAGAGGAAAUAAUUGGAUAAAAAUUACAAAUACUUAAGCACACCUUAAUGCCUGUCGUGACAAUUAAUUUUGCGGAAAUAACAAUCGGCAAUAGCAUAAUCUCUAAAUUUACAUAAUACAAAGUCGUUAUCGUUGUAUAAAUAUUCGCAUGACAUUAGCGUUAAAAACGAAUGCACCUACGCAAGUGGUAUGCUUCUAUAUGCUAACUUAUCGCAGAGCAAACUCUCGUAAGAAAACAUCGCGAUAAUUGAAGCGGCGGCGCCGAUCGGAGAUCAAGAAGAUCACUGGAGUAAUUAAAAAAAAAAAAUGUUCCUACAAAAGCAGAACAAAUAAAUGUCAAAGAGCUAUAACCUUUCAUAAUGUUUGCAAACAUAAAUGACAGAAAUAGAAAAAUUAGAUUGAUUGUGUGACAAUCAAAUCUUUCUUGAACACAAAAACGAAAUCAAUAGAAUAACAAUAAAAAUAAUCUUAAAAAAGCAUUUAGUCCCUGUGUGCGGCAAUAGAAAUGUGUGACUGUUCGCAAAAGCGAGACGACAAGACUGCUGGGAAAAUCGGUCCGGAAACUGUAACUCUUUUCUCAAAGUGUUCUACACUGUAUCGUCCUGGAAAAGACAUGCUCGAGCAUACAAUUUCCAUUGGGUCCGAUCGGAUGCCGAGCGAUUCCGUGCGAUCCAGUAGCAGCGAUACGACAUCCGAUUCUGCGAAAACUUCGUCGAUAGCAUCGACUCCGUCGACGGAAUCAAGUGCAUCCUCUAGUGAAUUGAGCAGGACGUAUGAAUUCGUUUAUCCUACGGAAUGCGAGUAUUCUGUCGAGGAAAAGGGCUUUAAAUUGUUGGCGGUCAGUCUUCAGACCGACAGAAUUAAGGAGACCGUUGAGGAGGAACCGGACGUCGAGUACACGUUGGCCAUAAUAAAACCGGAAGCGGUGGUCUACAGAAAGGAGAUCGAGCGUCGAAUACGUGCGGAAGGAUUCGAGAUAUGUCAGACCCGUUGGCUGCAGCUGACACCCGAACAGGUUGCGGAGUUCUACAACAAUCGCUUCGGCGAACUGAGUUUUCCUCAUCUGGUGGCAUACAUGUCCUCGGGAUCCAUCAUAGUGUUCGUAUUAGGAAAGCAGAACGCCGUUGAAGAAUGGAAGAGACUCAUAGGACCGACCACGGUGACAGAAGCGCGUUUGUAUUUUCCUGACAGCAUCCGAGCGAGAUACGGUCGCAAGGGAGACAACUUAAAAAACGCUGUCCAUGGCAGUUGCGAUCGCGAACAAGCCGAGAAGGAGAUCCAUUUUUUCUUCCCCAAUUUCACAAUUGAACCCUUGCUAAGAGACGAGAUGACUGAAGAUUAUUUGUGGGAGACUAUUAAUCCGGUUCUCGUCGAAGGUCUGACAUUGUGUUGCAAGCACAGACCAGCCGAUCCUGUACUGUGGUUGGCGCACUGGCUGAUCCUGAACAACCCUAAUAAGCCUAAACUACCGGAAGAUCUCGCUUUAAUUCCGACAUAAUUCUCUCCGAAUCAUCUCGUACCGUCGACCUGUUCUACACUUUAACAGAGAACACGCACACCCCGCCGUCUUACCCACUAGAUCUAUUUCCUUCGAAGUCUCUUGACGACGACAUGAUGGCAUCCUUUUUGAUCUCCUCUCCGCCGCGGUUGGUGAAUUGUACCUCAUGAAACAUAAAAAAAAGGAUAUUGCUAAGUUCCGCCGUGUAAAAUAAAACUUGCGUUACUGAG